AUGAAGCCUCCCGCAGCCUGUGCUGGGGACGUGGUGGAUACAGUGUCACCAUGUUCCACCGUGAACCAUCUGCGCUGGGACCUGAGCGCACAGCAGAUCAGGGCUCUAACCACGCAGCUCAUCGAGCAGACCAAGUGUGUGUACGACCGUGUGGGCGCCCAGGAGUUCGAGGACGUGUCCUAUGAGAGCACACUGAAGGCACUGGCUGACGUGGAGGUCACCUACACAGUGCAGAGGAACAUUCUCGACUUCCCCCAGCACGUGUCUCCGAACAAGGACAUCCGCGCAGCCAGCACAGAGGCUGACAAGAAGCUCUCAGAGUUUGAUGUGGAGAUGAGCAUGAGGCAGGACGUGUACCAGAGGGUCGUGUGGCUGCAGGAGAAAAUCCCGAAAGACUCACUGAAGCCCGAGGCAGCUCGCUACCUGGAGCGGCUCAUCAAGCUGGGCCGGAGAAACGGGCUCCACCUACCUCAGGACACACAGGAGAAGAUCAAGAACAUCAAGAAGAGGCUGAGCCUGCUGUGCAUCGACUUCAACAAGAACCUGAAUGAGGACACCACCUUCCUGCCCUUCACGAGAGAGGAGCUGGGCGGGCUCCCCGAGGACUUCCUGAACUCCCUGGAGAAGACAGAGGACGGCAAACUGAAGGUCACCCUCAAGUAUCCACACUAUUUCCCACUGCUGAAGAAGUGCCACGUGCCCGAGACACGACGUCUGUUGGAGGAGGCCUUCAACUGUCGCUGCAAGGAGGAGAACUGUGCCAUCCUGAAGGAGCUAGUGUCCCUGCGGGCGCAGAAGUCCAACCUGCUGGGAUUCCGCACACACGCAGACUACGUCCUGGAGAUGAACAUGGCCAAGACCAGUCAGACAGUAGCCACCUUCCUAGAUGAACUGGCCCGGAAGCUGAAGCCGCUGGGUGAGCAGGAGCGUGUGGUGAUCCUGGAGCUGAAGGAGGCAGAGUGCGCCAAGCGCGGGCUGCCGUUCGAUGGGCGCAUCCACGCAUGGGACAUGCGGUACUACAUGAACCAGGUGGAGGAGACACGCUACCGCGUAGACCAGAACCUGCUGAAGGAGUACUUCCCCAUGCAGGUGGUCACGCGUGGACUGCUGGCCAUCUACCAAGAGCUGCUGGGGCUGACCUUCACGCUGGAGGAAGGCGCCGCCGCCUGGCACGAAGACGUGCGGCUGUACUCUGUGCGUGACGCCGCCUCUGGAGAGGAGAUUGGCAAGUUCUACCUCGACCUGUACCCCAGGGAAGGGAAGUAUGGCCACGCGGCCUGCUUCGGCCUGCAGCCUGGCUGCCUACGGCAGGAUGGCAGCCGACAGCUGGCCAUCGCGGCCAUGGUGGCCAAUUUCACCAAGCCCACACCUGACGUGCCUUCCCUGCUGCAGCACGAUGAGGUGGAGACCUACUUCCACGAGUUUGGGCACGUCAUGCACCAGCUCUGCUCACAGGCAGAGUUUGCUAUGUUCAGUGGGACCCACGUGGAGCGGGACUUUGUGGAGGCACCGUCACAGAUGCUGGAGAACUGGGUGUGGGAGAAGGAGCCACUGAUGCGCAUGUCCCAGCAUUACCGCACAGGAGGCGAGGCCCCUGAGGACCUCCUGGAGAAGCUCAUCAAGUCUCGCCAGGCCAAUGCAGGUCUCUUCAACCUUCGGCAGAUUGUCCUUGCCAAGGUAGACCAGGUCCUGCACACACAGACAGAUGUAGACCCAGCUGAGGAAUAUGCCCGGCUCUGCCAGGAGAUCCUUGGGGUGCCAGCCACACCAGGUACCAACAUGCCAGCUACUUUUGGCCACCUCGCUGGUGGCUACGACGCUCAGUACUAUGGCUACUUGUGGAGUGAGGUGUACUCCAUGGACAUGUUCCACACACGCUUCAAGCAGGAGGGUGUGCUUAGCCCCAAGGUUGGCAUGGAUUACCGGACCAGCAUCCUGAGGCCGGGGGGCUCUGAGGAUGCCAGCACCAUGCUGAAGCAGUUCCUGGGCCGUGACCCCAAGCAAGACGCCUUCCUCCUGAGCAAGGGUCUGCAGGUAGAGGGCUGCGAGCCACCUGCGUGCUGAGCGGUCCCCAGCUCGCCCUCCUGUGCCUUAGCCUGCCGGGCGGCAAGGUCAGCAGCCCUUGGGCGUACGGAUGAGCCUGGGGCAGUUUCCAUCCUCGUCACCCCCCCAGCUCCAGGUCCCCGGCUUCAGGCUGCUGUGCUCUCCUUGCACUAUCCCCUCCCCAAACUGAUGUUGGACAUUAAAUUUCACACAGGGGCGCACUGCUUGGUCCUCCCUCUGUUGCCCAUC